AUGCAAAAAAAAAAAUCCGGUGAGGAAGGUGAAAUUGAAGAAGAAGAAGAUGAUUAUAUUGAUAAUGAAACACGUCGCGAAGAUUUAACCAUAAAAUUAUCACUUGAAACAAUUAUGCGAGAAUAUGCUCGAGAAAUGAAUCAACGUGCAUUAGAAGCAAAAGAAAUGGCAGCUCGAGAAGCUCAAGCAGC